AUGGCGUAUUGGAAAGAGAUGCUGUUGGUUUACUUUAUAGCUUUCCACAGAAUUUCAGCGGAAGGCAAGCGGAAAGAAGGUAAUAUACGUAUGUAAAACUUUAAUGAUCUCCUUUUUUCGCUUUCGUUGUAACUUACAUAAUUUAUGAAUCGAAAGGGAAAAGGAGAGACAGGGAUAACUUUAUCGAAAGAAUCCCAUUAAGUUGGAAAGAGCUGCAAAGCUCGGACAUGCACUUCCAUUGACAACUCUGCCAUCAAAUUUUUGAAAAUGACAUUUGGAGACGGUCAGUUUUGAUCGUAGAAAUCAGCGGCCCUGCAAGCAGCUUAUUCGGAUGCCUUCGUGCUCACUAUUCUCAGUUUACAAGUGAACUAUUUUAUUUUGGCAACACAAGGCGAGGGAAAAGACAUACAGUGUACAUGAAUACGCAAACUGCGGUGAAUCAAGACCUACCUCGGGGUUGCUUUUGCUUUGUGAAAUUUAAAACUUCUAAGCCGGGGCGUAGGUCAAGAUUUUUAAUGGCGUGAUCCCAAAUAGACACGUAAUCAACCACGAAUUGAAGCAAACAGAACAGGCCCUCUCUCGUUGUUCUGUCACAAAUAUUACUUAUUAAAAGAAGGCUAAAGCAAUCUAGAGCACUAGUAGUCCCUCAUAUCGAUCGCGUGCGCGAAAAUAUCCACCCCUGAGGAAGGAAGCCCUAAGGAAAUGUUGGACUACUCCCCUGGGACUUCCCAUAGACCUUUUCGACGCCAUCCUGACGAGUAGGCAAACGCGUGAGAAAUUACAGUGUUUGUAUUAGAAUCUAAUAUCAAAUAAUUUCCGUAAAACGGCUGUUCUGAAAAAAAAAACAAAAACAAAAACAAAAACAUAUGUAUUGUAAACUAAAGCUUUACUCCUAACGAUUCUAAUGAAAAAAUUUGAAGGGCAUUACAACUGCAAGCGAAAGGGCCACUUUUGAAAUUUCGGCCAUAUACAUUUGAUUGCAGACAAAUAUAUGAAAAAUCCAAAGCAAGCGUCUGGAGAAAUUCAAGCACAGUAACUGCCCCGAAAAUUUGUUAGUAAAAUCCUUUGCUGUGUAGCUUGAGUUUACCAUUCAUAUUUUUUUCAGAACAGCCGUUUUACGGAAAUUAUUCGACAUUAGAUUCUCAUACAAACACUGUAACUUCCAACCUAUUUCCCAGGGUUCUCUCCUACGUAGGUCGGGUAGGAGAGAACCCUGGGAACGAGGUUGUGUAACUUCUCACGCGUUUUCCUACUCGUUAAGAUGGCGUCGAAAACCGUGACAAGGUCUUUUAUGUAAAAGCGGAGUGUACUAGUGUUACGAUGGGAGCUAUAAUCGUGGACGGAGACCGUGUUAUCAAGAAAUUCCUGUUAUCAAAUACCAUUUUCAGUAAAGGGUUUGGCUCCAUCGCAACCGCCAGGGACGGGUAGGAGAGGACUCUGGGAACGUGGUUGGUUCCAUAUCGAGAGAGAAAUUGUCAGAUGUGUACCCUGGGUGUCAGACGUUUUUUCUCGCGCGCAGCGAAGCCGCGAGAAAAAACCUUACGCGUGGGUCAUUUUUUAAGACAUUCUCGACCCCAGAGCUAUUCUGCGCAUGACGGCCAAGGAGGGAAGAGCUCUGGGGAACCCUGGAACAAGAUUGUCUCCGAUUGGUUUUAGCAAAAAAAAAACAAUAAAAGUGUUUCUGAUUGGUCCAUUCAAGUUUCCACGAGAGCGGUUGUUGAACGUGUGGCGUGUCUGCAUGUGAGUGGGUUUUUCCCUAGAAAUGUUGAAGUAAACACGCCCGGACAAUUCUUGAUUUCAGCGAUUCCAAAACAACAUUUAGUCGACUAAUUAGGCAGAAUACCGGAUUCCUCAACUUUCAAAUAAAAUACAUAUCGAAAAUUGACCAAGAAAAAGAUUUGAAUGUGAAAAAUAAGAUUUAAAUACACCGACAUCUUUGCCAGCUAACAUUUAAGAAGCAUGACACAUAACUGAUUUUUCUUCAUAUCGAAAAUUGACCAUCGACCAUUUUUCUUCAUAUCGAAAAUUCGACAUAUCGAAAAUUGUGCAAGAAAAAGAUUUGAAUGUGAAAAAUAAGAUUUAAAUACACCGACAUCUUUGCCAGCUAACAUUUAAGAAGCAUGACACAUAACUGAUUUUUCUUCGACUUCCUCGUUAUCGUAUUCACACCAAGUAGCCGUCGGAAAUUGUCCUGGGCAGAUUAAGAAUUCCGAUUCUCUCAUCAUUUUUCCUUUGGAACUUGAGACAGUGACUGAAUGUGAGGAAUGUGAAAGUGAUUCCAACGAUGAUAAUGGAAGUAUUUUUGCCCACAAAUCCAUUGACGAAGAGUCUCGGAGAUGUCGAGGAACCUCCACUAGAUUUCAACAAAACGUGACGGCUUAAAAUAGCAAGCAAAGCAGUUGAUGAAAACGACAUUGACCUCUUUCUCUUGAACUGAAAAAGGCAACAACUUUAGUUGCAUUUCUCUUCUAUGUUUCUAGGGUACAUUUUGUGCAAUGUUUUUAUGUAUCACUAUGUUGAAUCUUUUUGCUAAUUUUAGCGAUAUCAGAGUAUUAAUGUUGGAAAUGCUUGGCACCUAAAUUGGUGAAACGCCACGUUUUCGAGUUACAAUCUUAAACAUAUGAUGUAAAUUGCUGACAACAGCUACUGUAAAUCAUUUGUAAAUAUUUUGUAACUUAAAAUUCCAAUGUAUCUCUUACCUUAUUACCGGAAUUUAACGCUCCAUGCUUGAAAUUAGGGUUUUCGAAAUAAGCUGGUAUUUUUUUGAUCGCGAAUGAACGAAUGAAGGUAGUAACGCCAUUGCUUAUUUUCAAAUCGAGAGGGGCUGGGUAUGAGUCAGUUUAUUAUGGGAUAAACAACACGAGACCCAAACAGUCAGAAAGAGCACAUUGAAAUUAGCAACAUUCUCAAGUUUGGUGUUUAUCGGGCCUAUAUUGAACGAGAUACAGCCAUUGGGUAACCUUUCAAAAUAGAUUAUCACGGCGAGCCUAUGGCCAAGCUAAGCUUGGAACUAGUUAAGUCUCCUCAGUCACACACACGUACUUGCGAGAGGAAAAUGCCUUCGUAUAUGUUUACACUUGCCUUACAGUCCAUAGUAUGUUUCAUUUGGUAAUGUUACCCGUAGUGGUUGCCUUGCGUAUAAGUUAGUUAUGUACCCACCCGCCAACCCCUGGGGCAAUAGUCUGCUACACAGCCGUUUUUAGUGUCGUCACGCAACGCUCCUCUUCACUAAGGAGCGUUGCGUGACGACACUGAAAACGGCUGUAUAACAGACUACUGGGGCAAGAACACGUUACGAAUUGGCUGAAUAAUAUGCACUUCAUGUAUUUUUAUCUUCCAGAAAGUGCAAAAAAGCUGUACUGCUUCCAUUGUAAGUCGGAAAUUUCUUGGGAUGACUGUGACAAGUCAAGCGUGCAAAAAGGUUGUUUAAACGAUCACGUCUGCCUUAAAUUAACAGCGCACAGGUGGGAGACGACGAAUGGAACAAAGACAGGUCGUGUUCUUCCUUUUUAUGCAAGGUAUUGCUCCCCACCAGAGGGUUGCUCUACAAAACAAUGCGAAGAUAUAAGCUGGAAUUGUCAGAUAGUCUGCUGCAACCAACACAUGUGUAAUGCAAGCAAUUCCAUUUGGUUAACCAAGAUACUCUUUGUUGCUGUCCAGGGCUUAGCGAUUCACAAGAUGUUAACUACAUAUUGA